AUGGACUCCGACACGUCCUCCUCCAGCACGCGUCUGGAGCUCACCGACACCAACCAGCGCCGUACCACGACGUUUGACUCUGUUCAAAACGGGUCUACGGUGAUUGUGACUCAGACGUCGAUUUACACCUCCAGCGGCGAUUCCACCGCCAGCGCUACUAAUAGGGAAAGCGACAGCGGCGGCGGAUUGAGUCAUACUAACAAGAUCGUCGUUGGUGUGGUUGUCGGAGUCGGAGGAGCUAUUCUUCUUGCUAUUGCAGCGCUCGUGUUUUUGAUCAAAAAGAGAGGAAGCAGAGGCCGUGAGAGUGGAUGGACUUUCUGGAGAAAGGGAGAAAAGGGAGAUGGCGACGAUUUCUUCGAUGGCGAGUUGGGUGUUCGUGAUCGUAACAUCAACCAAGGACUGAACUUCUAG